AUGUCGUUCUUUACCAAUCCCCCUCGUCGCGGUAGAAACGAUACCGACGAUAGACUCUAUCCCCGGCUAUACACUCAAGCUACCGAAUUGCCCAGAGAGUCUACCAUGGCUCUUUUGAAUAUCACUAGGCUCAAGCCAGAGUCUAGCCUCACGGUCUGGGGCAAUGAGAUCCUUCAUGUCUUGCGACCUCACAAGCUCGAUGCACCCGUGGCCAGUGACCUUCCGAAACCCCAUCAAGAAGACUCUGACUAUAGCAAAUGGAAGUUCUGGACUCUUUACGUUGCUGGAUGGCUGUUCAAUCAGGUGGAUACUUCAAUUCAGCACAAAGUGAAGGUAUACUCAAACGACCUCGAUUUUGCCGAUGAAAUAUUCAAUACAAUCAAGCUGCUGAGCCUGCACAGCCAGUCCAAGUUCCUUGCGAAUGAGGUGAAACGGUGGCAACAGCUGAAGCGAGAGAAUUUCUCUACACCCGCAGAAUUCAUCAUGGCCUACCAAAACCAGCACAAUCGUCUGAAGACAGAGGACCAUGCGCCGUCUUGUGAUUUUGCGCUUGGUAGACUUCUGCACGAGCUGCACAGAGAAGCGAUGAAGGUUCCGUUCAUCCAAGAGGAGGUCAAGGAUUUGGGACGAUCCGUGGACUAUCGACUUUUCGUUUAUUACUGCAAAGUCUUGGUCGACGAAUCCGGCAGGCCAACCGUUUCAGCCGGCCCCUCUACUCCUGAAGCUUCCGGUGAGGGGAUCCAUGGAGAAUUGAGAGGCUGA